ACCGGAAGUGAAUUACCGUAAAUUCGAGGAAAAGUAGAAGAAGAAGCGACGGCGAGGUUUUUAUUUGUUGAGAAAAAAAUCGGUCAAAUAAUGCGUUAAAAGAGGUGUGUUUUUCUGGACAUCCUCGUCAUGGCUAAUCAGAGGGUGCUCCCUCAGAGCAAAGAGUCUCUGCUGCAGAACUACAACAAGAGGCUGAAAGAUGACAUCAAGUCCAUCAUGGACAACUUCACAGAAAUCAUCAAAACAGCCAAAAUAGAAGAUGAGACUCAGGUUUCUCGACCGACCCAAGCAGAGCAGGACCAUUAUGAGAUGCACGUGAGAGCUGCCAACAUUGUUCGUGCCGGCGAGUCCCUCAUGAAACUGGUCUCAGAUCUGAAGCAGUUCCUGAUUUUAAACGACUUCCCGUCCGUGAACGACGCCAUCAGCCUCCAGAACCAGCAGCUCCGCGCGCUGCAGGAGGAGUGCGACAAGAAGCUCACGUCGCUGCGGGACGAGAUCGCCAUGGACCUCUACGAGCUAGAGGAAGAGUAUUACUCCUCCAGGUACAAAUAAUAGGCGCUCAUCCAUCCCACCGCACUUUGUUGUCGCACGCCCAGCGGUGUUUCACCUUUAAUCUUUUCACGAGGACGGGCUCAGCUCCCACGUCUCCAUCUGACAAUAUUUUAGUUUGAACAUAUCAAACGGAGCUCAUCAGCUCAGUCCUUCUCUGAGGGUCAGUGAGCCUGAUUUCACCACGUGCCUUCACAUUUUUAUAGUUCCACCAAGUGACCUUUGUUUGUUUGUUUGUCUAUAAUUGAACAAACACUAAAUAUCUGCUGCAUCAGCAUUUUCAGCUCUGACUCCCAAGUUGACCCAUAUUUUAAGAAUCCAGUGAAGUUUCUGUACUAUAGGAACACAUUUUAUGUCUCAGAACCAAAGGCUUGGUGUUUAUUUACUGCAGGAUUUUUUGUUUGUUUGUUUUUGUUUGUUAAUUCUAAAUGAGAACCAGGACAUGUUAUGCUCUGCAGCAUCUGUUGAACUUUUAAUGAACAUCCGUAUGGUUUAAUUAAAUGAAACGACAAC